AUGGAAGGCAUAGAGACAGCCGCUAGCCCACAGGGCGCGGCGCUCGAUGGGGCGGAAUGGCUCAAAACGAGCUGUCAAAAUUUGCUGCUCGAUCUCGGGUACAGCCUGGACGAUCCCGCUUCCGCCGACCCCACCUUCCCUCGCAUCAUCUUCGAUUACGCGGCGGCCGAGACCGCUGGUGACGCCCUACACGGGGAUCUGCUGAAAGCUCUACCGAGAUUACUGGCGGUGGAAGGUGUAUCGGAGAUGGUCGCGAGGCAUUUCUGGCCGGUUUGCGUGGAUUUAGUGGCUCGGUGGAUCGGGAGACCCGAUGUUGAUUUGGCGGAGUGGGAGAGGAGACUGAGCGCGGUAGCUGCCAUUUGUGGGAGUACUAGAGGCCUUUGGAAUAUCGCUACCGCCUUUAUUGCCUCCUCCCCCUUCGUCACGUCCCCCCUCGCCCACAUACCCCAAGACCAACUCGCGUCUACUCCAUCAGAUCGCCUUCAUAUCCUUCUCAUCGCCUACUAUCGUAUCUUGCUAGCAGACGAAGCUAUCGCCUCACGCCUCAAAUGGUCACAUACCCCCCUACACGCUCUCCGAACUCAACAUCCGGACCUCGGCGUCCGGCUCCUGGCGAUCCGGGUGCUUAGCAUGCAGCGCCCAUGGAGCGAGGCGAAGCGGAUAGAGGUGGAAAGAGAAUGCGUUGGAGAUAUGGAGCUUGUCAACGCGGAGAUACUCUUUGGCUUUGAGGUAGUCAAGCAGGAGAAUGGAGGAUCAGAGGUCAGGCGGGUCAUGGUUGACGGGUGGCUGUUGCCCAUCAUGGAACGUCGGAGACUGCAGAAAGUCGAGGCUCUCACAGAAACGCAACUGCCCACACCACUCGACCCCCUCCAUCGUCACCUCUCAUCCCAGGUCAUCCCCAUCACGGACCGCCUCUUCCUCCGCAAUCCCUCGCGUGGAUCGUCCUCUGGCUUCGUCCACGUUUCCACGACAUCUACGGAGAAUGCUCUCCUUGAAAUGGCCCCCUUGCUCGCACAGGGCUCGCCAAUCCUAUUAUCAUCCACCCCAUCCUCCGGAAAGACCCAUCUUCUGCAACAUCUAUCCACCCUGCUCCAUCCCGGCGUCAACCCCGCCCACCGUAUCCUGUCCAUUCCUCUCGCAGACACCACCAUCGACGUCAAGUCCCUCAUCGGUACCUACAUCUCCUCGCCCACCCAGCCCGGCACGUUCGAGUGGAUGGAGGGAGCUUUGUCCAAGGCGGUUCGGGCGGGGCGUUGGGUCAUACUGGAUGAUAUCGACCGAGCUAGCGUCGAGAUGCUGGUCACGGUCGCCGGCAUCGCUCGGAGUCUGCAGCCUGGACGUCCAGGUCGGAGAGCAAAGUUGGCGGUUCCUGGCCGGGAGGAGAUCGAGGCCGGGGAUGGCUUUGCGCUCUUCGCCACUCGGUCGACGCGCCAAGACGCCUCGACCCCGCUCAUCUUCUUCGGUCACCACCUCUUCAGCAACAUCAAUCUCUCCUCUCCUACCGACGAAGAAGUCCUCGCUAUCUUGUCCGCCAAGUUUGACGCCCUUCCCACGUCGGUCUCGGCCACGCUCGUCCGGAUGUGGCAGGAGCUGCGACCCAUGGCGCGGGUAUCAGGUCCUGUCAAGGCGCGAGAGAUCGGGCUGAGAGAUUUGGAGAAAUGGUGCGCCAGGGUAGUGCUGAAUCUGCCGUCAGUGGCCAAAAUGGCGGCUCUGGAGCAGUCGUCUUCGGGCGUCUUUGCCAACCCGGUCUUCCAGGACGAGGUCCUGCUCGAAGCCGUUGAUACCUUCAUGGCUUCGCUGGAUAGCAAGCCAGCGUCGGUCGAACGCCGGAACGCCAUGAUCGCGGUCGUCGCCGGUCACAUUGGGAUGGAUGAGGAGCGGGCGUUCGCCCUGAUUGACAAGCGGAGACCUACGCUCGAAAAGGUCGCCUCGACCAAGCAACUUAUCAUCGGUCGGACCAGCACCCCGCUCGCUCCCGCCUCCAAGCGCCGCUCAGCCCAAGCAUCCCGUCCUUUUGCGCUCACCAAGCCCUCGCUCGUCCUCCUCGAGCGGAUCGCGGCCAGUUCAGCAAUGGGCGAGCCGACCCUUCUGGUUGGUGAGACCGGUACCGGUAAAACCACUGCCGUGCAGUACAUCGCAGACACGUGCGGAAGACCCCUCACCGCCCUCAACUUGUCGAUGCAAACGGAAAGCAGCGACCUCCUCGGCGGAUUUAAGCCUAUCGACGCUUCGGUCUCGGCGCGCCUGCUUCACGCCAAAUGGCAGAAGCUCUUCUGCGAGACCUUCAGCAUGACUAAGCAGCAAAACUCGUCAUUCUUGGAGGUGGCAGCAAAGGCACUGAGCGGGCGUAAAUGGCAGAGGUGUACGGAGUUGUGGUCGGCUUCUGCUAGGCGGGCGAUGGAGAAGCUUCGCCGCCAGGAUGAGGACGAAACUCCGAGGGAGAAUGGGGAUGCCUCGCCCCGCAAGCGCCGAAAGCCAAACAUGCGCGCGGCCAAGGCUGCUGUCCAAUGGCAAGCGCUCAUUGUCGAGGUAUCCGAGUUCGAUCUCCACCACGUCAAGAUGAACAGCAAGCUAGUCUUUGCCUUCGUCGAGGGUCCACUCGUCAAAGCUAUGCAAUCCGGAGAGAUCCUCCUCGACGAGAUCAACUUGGCUUCUCAGGAGACGCUCGAGGCGAUAUCGACUGUACUGGAGGGACCGUCAGCCUCUCUGGUCUUGACAGAGAGGGGAGACGUCGAGCCGGUCGCUCGUCACCCGGACUUCCGCCUCUUCGCCUGUAUGAAUCCCGCAACCGACGUCGGCAAGAAAGACCUGCCGCCUAGUCUUCGUUCUCGCUUCACGGAGAUCUACGCUGCCCCGCCAGAUGACGACCGGGAGGCGCUGGUCAGCAUCGUCACUCAGUAUAUCGGCGACAUCGCAGCGGGCGACAAGGCGGCUAUCCUGGACGUGGCGGAGAUGUACCAAGAGCUCAAGUCGCUCUCGGCGGCCAAGGAGAUUGUCGACGGCGCCAAUACCGCUCCGCAUUACAGUAUGCGGACGCUCGCCCGGUCGCUCAUGUUCGCCAUUGAGACGGCGCCGCUCUUUGGGCUCCGUCGAGCCCUUUGGGAAGGCUGUCUUAUGGCGUUCACGAUGUCGCUCGAUCUCGUCAGCAUCGAGAAGGCACGAGAGGUCUGCAGCCGAUAUCUUCUCGGUCCCAUGAAGAACGCCAAGGCGGUUCUCUCGCAGAUCCCCUCCCUUCCCUCUGGCUCGGACUCGGAUGACUAUAUCCGCUUUGGCCCCUUCUGGCUUAAGCGGGGUCCUCUCCCUCCCACCCCACAAUCCCGCUACGUCAUUACACCCUCCGUCCAGGCCAAGCUCUCCGACCUCGCUCGGGUAGUCAUGACCCAUCGGUACCCCGUCCUGAUCCAAGGUCCGACCUCCAGCGGAAAGACCAGCGCGGUCGAGUUCCUCGCUCGUCAGACUGGUCACCGGUUCGUCCGCAUCAAUAACCAUGAACAUACCGAUAUUCAGGAAUACCUCGGGACGUACGUGACGGAUCCAAAGACGGGCAAUCUGGUCUUCCAGGAGGGUCUCUUGGUGACGGCCGUGCGGCAGGGGCACUGGAUCGUCCUUGACGAGCUCAAUUUGGCGCCUACGGACGUCCUGGAGGCGCUCAACCGGUUGCUUGACGACAACCGGGAGCUCGUCAUACCGGAAACGCAAGAGGUCGUCCGACCCCAUCCCAACUUCAUCCUUUUUGCCACCCAAAAUCCGCCCGGACUUUACGCCGGCCGAAAGGUGCUGUCUCGGGCAUUUCGGAACCGGUUCCUCGAGGUGCACUUCGACGAUGUACCCAAGAACGAGCUGGAAACCAUCAUCUGUCAGCGGUGCCAGAUCGCCCCGUCGUACGCCAAGAAGAUCGUCCAGGUCUUUGAGGAGCUGCGGCAUCGGCGGCAAGCCUCUCGGGUUUUCGAGUCCAAGCAAUCCUUUGCGACACUUCGGGACCUGUUCCGAUGGGCAGAAAGAGGGGCCGUAGGAUAUCAGGCGCUGGGAAGCGACGGGUACAUGCUGCUGGCUGAGCGCGGGAGACAGGAGGAGGACAAGGAGGUCAUUAAGGGGGUCAUUGAGGAUGUACUUAAGGUCUCGGUCGACCCGCGGGGUAUAUACGACCUGAGCCUCGAGACCGUCAUGGCUCGCCUACCCUUCGCCGAAGUCCCUUCCUCGACCCUCGUCUGGACUCAGGCGAUGCAGCGGCUCUUUACCCUCGUCGCGUCUGCUCUUGCCAACAACGAGCCGGUCCUCCUCGUCGGUGAGACCGGAUGCGGCAAGACGUCCGUCUGCGAUAUCAUCGCUCUGGCGUUCAAGCAGAACCUCGUCGGCGUCAAUUGCCACCAAAAUAUGGAGACGGCGGAUCUGCUCGGGAGUCAGCGGCCGGUCCGGAAUCGGCUCGAGCGGAAAGCCAGGAUCAUCUCUCGGCUUAUCGCUCUCUCGCCUGGUCUUGACAUCCCGGCCGACGACGACCUGGAGGGUCCACUCGCGGACCUUCGUCAGCGUUCGGACGUCGACCAGGUCGAGCUCAAGGCCAUCGAGACUGAGCUGGCGGCUCUGUCCGCGCUCUUCGAAUGGUCAGACGGACCCCUCGUUCACGCAAUGAAUAACGGCGAUCUUCUCCUUCUCGACGAGGUGUCCCUAGCGGAUGACUCGGUUUUGGAACGGCUCAAUUCGGUCCUUGAGCCCGGACGGACCCUCGUUCUCGCCGAGAAGGGCGGGAGCGAUAUCGACUCGGCCACUAUCGUUGCCCAUCCCAACUUCCACGUUGUCGCCACCAUGAACCCCGGAGGUGACUUUGGGAAGAAGGAGCUCUCGCCCGCUCUUCGAAACCGAUUCACCGAGAUCUGGGUGCCGGCGCUGAACGACCGAGACGACCUGCUCCAGAUCAUCGGGCUCGCGUGGAAGCACAAGGAGCUCGAGGCGUUCGGAGCGGUCGUUUUGGACUUCUUCGGCUGGUUCGGCCAGCGAGUAGGGGAUGCGGCUGGCCUUGGAUUGAGGGAUAUCCUGGCCUGGGUAAACUUCAUGAACGAAAUCUUCGCUCAAGGCGGGUUGGAGCCAUAUCAAGCAUUCCAUCACGGCGGCCAAAUGACGGUUGUCGACGGCCUAGAAUCACUUCCGCAGUGCGCGGGCAUGGCUACUGCCUCGGUCGCUGCUCUCCGCUCGGACUGCCUGGAGUGCCUCUCGCGCCUUGGGCAGACCGUAGCGGGUAAGGCAGCGCUGGUCGAGGCACCAGCAGCCAUGGAGGUGACCCCGACCUCCAUCCACAUAGGCGCAUUCGGAAUUCAGCGGGGAUCACUACCCGCCUCGGACGUACAAUUCCACUUCAAUGCUCCCACUACUGCACUGAACGCCACGCGCGUCCUUCGCGCCUGCCAGCUGCCCAAAGCGAUUUUGCUCGAAGGCAGUCCCGGAGUGGGUAAGACCAGUCUGGUCGCCGCGCUGGCUGCCAUCUCCGGCUUCCACCUCCAGCGUAUCAACUUGUCCGACCAGACCGAUCUCAUCGAUCUCUUUGGUUCGGAUCUCCCGGUCGAAGGCGGCAAAGCGGGCGAGUUCCGCUGGCGAGACGCGGCGUUCUUGGAUGCGAUGCAGAAGGGGGACUGGGUGUUGCUGGACGAGAUGAAUCUCGCAUCCCAGACGGUGCUGGAGGGAUUGAACGCGGUGCUGGACUACAGAGGCACGGUCUACAUUCCCGAGCUCGGCCGGUCAUUCGCUCGUCACCCCAACUUCCGCGUUUUUGCCGCUCAGAACCCGCUCCAGCAAGGUGGAGGGCGGAAGGGACUACCAAAAUCGUUCCUCAACCGGUUCACCAAGGUGUAUCUCCAGGAACAUACGGCGGAUGACCUGCUCCUCAUCUGCCAGCAACUCUACCCCAUGCCCGUCGAGAUCGUCCAAAAGCUUAUUGCUUUCAACGAGGAGAUCCGGAUCGCAACGACCGUCGACCGGACGAUUGGGCGGGAAGGAAGUCCGUGGGAAUUCAACUUGCGGGAUCUCUUCCGGUGGUUCGGCGUCCUCGACGCUAAGAACGGCCUGGAGCUCUCGCAUCAUCCCGCGGAAUUCCUGCGUAUGAUCUACCUGGAGCGGUUCCGGAACCAGGCGGAUCGAGAUGCGGUCCAGGGGAUCUUUGAGCGGGUGUUCGAGACGAGCAUGACGCACUCUCGUCCCAUGCCGCUCCUCACUCCCUCCCGAAUGCGGAUCGGGCAUGCUACGGCUGCUCGAGCUGGCGAUGCCGCUCCUACCGCUACUAUCCGUCAUGAGCACCUCGACGUCGCCGAGUCAGUGCUCAAGGCCGUCGAGCUCGGCUGGCUGGUCAUCCUGGCCGGCGAAAGCGGAGGCGGAAAGCGGUCCCUGGUCCGGACUAUCGCUGGAGAAGCGGGUCGAGGACUCGGCGAGUUCACCAUGCAUCCCGGAGUGGACACCUCGGAAAUCCUCGGUAGCUUUGAACAGCAGGACCAUCGACGGAUCGUCCGCUCAGUCUACGCGGAUAUCGUCAGACUGCUGGAUCGGGUCGAGGAUGGCGGUGUAUCGAUUGGCGAUGCGCGGGCGGUCCUGAGUCAAGCUCACGAUGCUCUUCAUCGGGACAAGUCACAGGCCGACCGCUUCCAGUCCGUCUGCCAGGCCGUCCUUCAGCGGCUUCCGGUCGACGCAGAAACGACGGCGAUCCAGCACAAGCUGUCCCUCAUACCCAAGUCUGACUCCGCCGCGACCGGUUUCGCCUGGGUGGACGGUCAGCUCAUCGACGCUCUCCGUACUGGCGGAUGGUACCUCAUCUCUGACGCCAACCUCUGCAGUCCCUCCGUUCUCGACCGCCUCAAUAGUCUGUGCGAGUCGAACGGAUCCCUGAUCCUCAGCGAGAAGGGCUCGACCAGCGGUAUUCCGGAGGUCAUCAGGCCCCAUCCCGACUUCCGGCUUUUCAUGACCUACGACCCUCGGUUUGGAGAGCUCUCUCGCGCUAUGCGGAAUCGGGGUAUCGAGCUGUAUCUCCAGCCGUCGCCUCGGUCGGCAUGUCGCGCGGCUCUGUCCGAGUUGGCAGUCCUCUCAGACUCGUUGCUCCGCUCAGCGUGGCUAAUUGAGGGGGUCGACGUGCAGAACCCCUCGGCAGUGGCGAACGGGAUAGCGGGCAGUGUCCGGGAGUCCCUAUCUCACCUGGCUCGACUGAUUAGGGCGGAAGGGCCAGAGGCUGGAGGUAGCAUGCUCCCGAGUGCAGUGGACUGGGCGCAAGCGAAUGCGCCAAAGUCCAGCGAUGGGCUGAUUGAGACUAUCGACCCAGUCCUGAACCCUACUCUCACCACCGGUGGAGGAGACGAUAUCUUCCGGGCCAUCCUGAUCACCCUUCGCAUACAAUCGGCCCAAGGACGACUUCAGCAUUGGCUCGAGGCGAAUGGCUCGACUAAAGCGGUCCUGUCUCAAUCUGCUGCCAGCAAUGCCGGUCGGAAGAGCAAACGGGUGGCCGCUGGGGCGCACGUCUACAGCCUCCUUGUCGAGAUGCGGACGAUUCUCAAGGAUAUUCUGAGAUCAAUCAAUCCCGCCCAACCGCUCGAAAGCAUCGAUCGCAUCGAGCUACUUCUUCUCCACCUCGAAGAUCGAUGCAAGUCGGACAGUUUUGACUACUCGGCCGUGGGGCUCAUUGCGGAGUGGCUCGGUCAGGAGCUACAGGCCCUCGAUAGCGCUCUGGACCUGGAGCGACUCGUAGCCAAGUCGAUUCAGCACGUGCAGACCACGACCGGCCAAGGACAGUCUGAGAUCUGGUCCAUGUUCCGAUCUGCCUUUGAGGUAGAUGGGAUCAUUCCAGCAGAUCUGCUUGAGAUGGCCGACCGGUGCAAAGACAGCAAGCUCCGUCAGAUGCUGCUGAGCGGCUUGGUCGCCCUCCAGUCUUCUUCGAAUGUCGACGCAGGUGCAACGGCACUUAGAGAGAUGCUGCGCGACAUGGGUGAAGCCAGCGCCCAAGUCCCGGCUGCGCGCUGGACCCAGCGGUCCAUCGCCUCCAUCAUUGAGCUGCAUGCAGCAUCUAGGGAUCAUCAGCUGCGAGAAGGGGACUUGCACCUUAUCUUGACCGACUCAGCCGCUAAAAUCAGCGAUCUGCUGCCUCUGGCCUCACUCGGUUCAGAAGCUAGUAUCGCCGACCUGAAGUGGAUGUCGGCGUGGCUGAGGCGGACCUGGCAAGACGCGGAUGAGGCAGACACAGAAGAGGUUCUUGGAGGUCCAGCUCGCCUAUUUGGCCCCGCUCAAUUGCUUGGAACUCUACGCUUCGACUCGGCGGACGCUCUGCGGCUGGACCAAAUCUCGGAUGCGGACAAUGCGCUGAGCUUCUCCAUCCGAAAUGCCUUGUGGUCCACUCAGCUAGGUCAGGAUCGAGGAUCCACCCUGCUAUCAAUGCUGCUGGAGGCUGUCCGACUGCUAUUAUCUGCCUUUGCGAUCUCCUGUCCUCGGGAAGGAGAUGUAGCAGCCCAAUCUGCCGCUUUGGUCAGCUCCGUCCGCUCCUCACCCGUGAAGCAUGUACGGCAAGCUGGAGAAUCUCAUCUCCUGUCACCCCUCACUGCGGCGGCCCAGGGAGCGAGCGACACGAGCACUAUCGGUCAAUUGUGUCUCGGUAUAUCCCGCUUCUUGCUCGAUACCUACGUCACUAGCGUGCCCAUGGACCCAGCAGUACGGCGCGUCCUCAGUCACGAGCUAUUGAUAUCCCGGAUCGCUCGCCUCAACGAGGAGCUUGAAGCUAUCGAGAGCAUGGAGAUCCGCAUCAAAGGCAUCAGCGACUCCACGCGACGCUUCGCAGUCAUUACCAAGAUCGAGCAGACCCAAGCACUCAUCUCCAAUCUCGGUCCUUCCAUCUCGCGGACCUCCGACCCGGCUCGACUCGCCUACCUAUUCAACGAGGUCCACUCCUUCCUCGGUGACGUCUACUCGGAGACAUCAGCUGCCAGCCUUGUCAAUUCUCUCGCCGCGGGCGACCUUCAGGCACUGCAUCGGGAGCAGUCCUUCCAGCUCGCUGCAGAAUCAUUUUUGGCUAGGCUAGGCGCAGUCUAUGCCGACCUGGACGAUCUUGUCCAGCCGAUCAUCACGGCUGUGCUGUUCGCUCGCUUUGGUCUCCGCACUCUUGCUCGAGAGCCGGAAAGACGGCAAGCUCGGUCCGACCCGGUCGUCUCUACCGCCCUCGUCUUUCCCCGCGCGGCCAUCAUCCCCCAUCUCCAGUCGUCCGCUCUCCGCGAGAGCUUCACUACCAAUGACCUCCUUAUCGCCUCUUUCGCUCAUGCAGCCGAGACGACCAAUCCUACCCAGCGAUCCCGCCACACCACUGCAUUGCUCGCCUAUCUCGGCGGACUCUACUCCAAAUGGAGCGAGACCCGCAUGCAGGAGCAGCAGGAUGAGCAAGCCAAGGAAAGCUUGUAUCGGGUCAAGAAGACGGAGGUGGAGGUCUUGUCGGAUCUGGAACAAGAAGAGCAGGAGUUUACGGAGCUGUUCCCGCAGUACGAGGUGGAUGAGGAGGGCAACUCGAUUGUCCCCCCCAAAGCUGCAUCGGAGGGGGAGGAACAGCACGCCAGCUUCCCAGCUAGCGCGGUCGAAGCUUUCCAUGCGCUGGUCUCCUCGCUAUUCGGCGGCAAGCACUCGUCGGUCGCGGAACAGCUGGCAGAUCUGCUGCGUCACACGGUCCGCUCAGCAUUCGAUCCUCGCCCACAUGAUGAGCUACUCGACGCCGCAAGUCUUUCUUGGCAGCUCGAGACUCUACAUCGCCGUCUAGCGGAGUCUCGGAAGCCUGGCAAGACGCCCAACUUCUACCUGGGCGCCAACGAGCCGGAGAGCCGUAAAGCAGCUGCGAUCGCCGCGCGUCUUCGCGCACGUCUCGAUGUCCUCGUUGACGAGUGGCCUGAGCAGAUGAUCCUGCAGCACAUACGGGACCGGUGCGAUCGCUUCUUGUCCUUGGACAUACGCAGUCCCGUCGCUAUGACGCUCACCAAUCUUGAGCAGCUCCUCAUCCAUAUCGACGAUUGGGAGCCGUACGCCAGCCGGGACAACUCGCUCAAGUCGUAUCAGGCGGAAAUUUCGGCGCUGCUCAUCGACUGGAGGCGGCUAGAGCUGAGCUCGUGGGUCCGUCUACUUGACGACCAGACCAGCCAGUACGUCGCUCGGGACGCCGAGUGGACAUUACGUCUCUUCGGCGCUCUGAUCAGCGGCUCUACCUCCAGUACCGAUCUCACCAAGCACUUUGCCUCCCUCGUCCCCAUGAUCACCACCUACCUCCAGACUAGUACCCUCGGCAACUUCCCCUCCCGCCUUGCCGUGCUCGAUUGCUUCCGGCGCAUGGCGGGCGAGCUCUCGUUGCUCCCUGGCAACGACAAUCUCGGUGCGGUCCAUUCCCUCCUCAGCAACAUUGUCAACAACGCUCGCCUCUUCAUCACCCGCAUCGAGGACUCGGUCCGUACCCAGCGGGCAGUCAUCGACAAGGCUAUCAAGGACUUUGUCAAGCUUGCCAGCUGGAAAGAUGUCAAUAUCUUUGCUUUGCGGGCGAGCGCGCAAAAAUCACACAAGCAACUGCACCGCAAUAUCCGCAAGUUCAGGGAUGUACUGCAGCAGCCGGUCGCGCCGAUGCUAUCGGAUCUCACCGCUGUCGUCCCGCAAAUCUCGGCGCAAAUGGAGAAUGCUUCGGCGGCGGUCUUCUUUGACGUCUCUGUAUUCCCGACUUCGGCCCCGGAGGGUACUGCAACUACACCGGCCCAUCUCUUGCGCCUACCGGAGACGCUGGCCAGAUUCUCCAAUCUCCUCAGCUCUCGGUCAGCGGAGGAUAUCGAGCGGGUUGGCGGCGCCAUCGACGCCAUGGCCGUUGACAUCAUCGAGACUGCCGCCGAGCUGGCAUCGGCUACUCCGGCUUCGCUCACGAAGGAGAACACCAAGGCCAUUGCCAAUCUCCAGCGUCGGAAGCGGAAGGCGUACUCGGAUCUGCUCAAGUCCUUGCGGGCGUCCGGCUUCUCGCAGAGCGUCAGGGCGGACUCGCUAGCCAAGCAGCAGUCGUCUGCCUGGAUGCUGCAGCGAUCGCCUCUGCAUCUCGACACGGUUCCAGACGGGCUUAAUUCGGUGGUCCGCGAUGUCGAGAAGUACGAUGUCAAGCUCGGCGUACUGCUGCCUGCUUUACGGGCGGCUUUCAACGGUCAUAACGACGACAUUGCCUCGCAGGACUUGCAGCGCGGGAUUGGGUUCACAGAGUCCGUACUUGCUUCCUGUCUGACACAGCGCGAACGAUUGGCUACCUCCAUCCAGGCGGUCACUGCCUACUCAGCCAAAAUCGCUCACAUCCGGCGGCUCGCGCAAGCCUCGACCAUCGAGGGCGGACAAGACGUUUCGGACCGGUUGGUCGAGGCCACUCUGCUCUAUUGUCGACUCAAGCAGGCCUUAGUGGAAGCGCAGGAGUCUAUACGGCGUCAUCGGGAUCUGGAGGAGAAGGCGGUCUCGACGGGCGAUCUGGCGGUUCUCCAGGACAUUGUUACGGAGCUAGACGGGUUGAUCCCGAAGCUGGACGAGGCGUGUGCUUCGGCACGGGCCGCCUCAUACCAUGUUUUCUCGAGCUCUGAGAGCACACUGCUCCGGUCUGCGGAUGACAUUCGCUCUCGAGCCAUUGCCGCAUUCGACUCGCAGCUGGCCGAGUUGCCCGCGUUCACCUACCUCUUCAAGACCCUUCUCAUCAUGACAACCCAACUCCCACUCCUCUCUACAGAUCUGCCUCAGGCAAAUCUCAGCCCGGAAAUCCGACGCCAGAGCGAGGAUCUCAUCUCGUCUAUCCUGGUCGUCGCUCAGAGCCUUCCGAUGCCGAAAGAGAUGGCGGACACGGACGAACCCCCUCACAUACCUCAAUCCUUCACUCAGCAAUCUCAACGCCACGACGCUCUACGCAUCCCGGACGUCAUCGGCCGGCUUGACAGCCUGAUGGGCGCUUUCACGUCACACACGGCGGGGUACUCGGUUCCUUUUGGCUCCAUCCCACUCGCGCAAGCCCUCCCCUUCCUCGAAACCCUCGGCGAGCAAUACGCACAAGCCAUCUCGCAGCACGCCUAUGCCGUCAAAUCAACGUACAAGCUCUGCUAUGUUGUCGGUCGGAUCAUGCUCGACUUGGCGCAGAAGGGCUUCUGCAAGCCUCAAGAGGAAAGCAAGUCGAAAGACGGGGAAGGCGAGGAGACCGUCGAGGGCACAGGAAUGGGCACUGGAACCGGAGACAAGAAUGUCAGCUCCGAGAUCGAGGAGGAGGGCCAGGUUGAAGGGCUCCAGGGGGAGAAAGAGGAGGAUAAGGAAGAUGGAGAUGACGACGAGGGGGAUGACGACGCUGUCGAUAUGGAAGACGACUUCGACGGCGACCUCGGGGAAGGCAAGGAAAAGAAGGAGGACGAGGGUGAGGAUGGGGAGGAGGAAGAUGAGGAGGAUCACGAUGAGCAUGCUGGGGAUGUUGACCCUCUUGAUCCUGGUGCGGUGGACGAGAAGUUUUGGGGAGAGGAAGAGCAGAAGGUCGGGAAGGAACAGGGGAAGGACGAGGUCAUGGAUCAGCAAGCUCAGGAUGAUGGCGGGGAGACUGAGAUGACUGCGAAGGAGGAGGAGAGCAAGAAGCAAGACGAGAAGAAGAAGGAUCAGAAGGAAGCGGGGGAAUCGGCAGACGACGAUGGGAAGCAGCAAGAGAUGCCCGAGGACGGGGGCGAGGGAGAGGGGGACGAGCAGGAGGAGGACGAUCGCGAAGGGGAAGACGACAAUGACGACACCAAUCCGCCGAAACGACCCGAGGAACAGAACGUUAAUGUGGACGAGGGGGAACGACUCGAUCUUCCGGAAGACAUCAAUCUGGACGGCGAUGAUGACGAGAACAACGACAAUGGUCUUGAUGGGGAGGACGAUAUCAGUCUCCCGCCUGACGAGCGCGGAGAGGACGAGGAGAUGGGCGAAGGGGAUGAUGCCAGUGUCGCGUCGCAGGACGAUGGGGCGGCUGAGGAUGAGGCCCCGGACGCUACUGGGGUCGGGGAGGAAGAUGUUCAGGAUCAGGAGGAGGCGGUCGGGCAGAACGUCGACGUGCCUGCUGCCAAUGAUGCCGACGCUCAAGACUCGACUGAUCUUGGGCAGGGGCAGGGUGGCAGUGCGGAGGAUCAGCCAAAGGAGAAGGAGGUCAAGGAGGGAGAAGAAGAGGAGAAGAUGGACACCGAGCCGGCGGAAAGCAAGCCAGAGGGCGAAGGCUCUGCACCACAAGACCCGUCUUCUGGCCCUGCCGACCAGCAAGAGGGCGAAGGCGCCAUCGAGUCGUCCGGCGCCCCCAUCCCCACCGACUCCCGCAACCAACCCCAAGCCAAUCGCUCUCUUGGCGAUAUCCUCGAAGACAUCCGCAGGAGGCGUGAUGAGAUUCUCGCGCAGCAAGACCGGCAAGAGGAGGUCGAGAAGCGGGCGGACGCCAAGGAUGAGGCGGCUGGUCAGGUCGAGUACCUCCAGGAUGGGGAUGUCGACGAGGGGCAGCAGGCGCUGGGCACCGCUGGGGAGGAGGAGCGGCAGAAGCUGGAGGAUCUGAAUAUUCUGGAUGACGACAUGGAGGGAGAGGCGGAUGCUGGGAUGGCAGAUGAGCGGGAAGAAGGAGAGGAGGAGCCGCGGGACCAACCGGAGCGUCAAGCCAACAACUCCUCCGGCACGGCCGACCAACAAGAUACCGAGAAGGCCCUCACCCGCGCCGAUAUCAAUGGCUCUGCCGAGCGUCCCAGCGCUGGAGAACAGAUGGACGUUGACGCUCCGGAAGGCGAGGACGAUGCUAUCACAGAGCCUAAGGAGGAGGAGAUGCCGGUCGAGGAGGUCGAGCUGAACGUGCUCGACCUGGCCAGGCCGGCUGAGGGAUCGAGUGGGGAGGAUCGGUGGCGCUACUACACCUCCCUCACGAGCGACCUCUCGUACGCUCUCUGCGAGCAGCUCCGGCUCAUCCUCCAACCCACCCUCGCCACUCGGCUCCAAGGCGACUUCCGGACCGGGAAACGGCUCAACAUGCGGAAGAUCAUACCGUACAUCGCGAGUGAAUUCAGUAAAGACAAAAUAUGGCAGAGACGGAUGAAGCCCUCUAAGCGCCAAUACCAAAUACUGCUCUGCGUCGAUAAUAGCAGGUCCAUGGCGGAGAACCGGACGGUCGACCUCGCCUUCCAGGCCCUCGCCCUCGUCGCUCAAGCUCUUACCAAGCUCGAGGUCGGUCAAAUCGGUAUAGCCAGCUUUGGCUCCUCGGUCGACAUACUCCACGACUUCUCCGACGUCGGCUUUACAGAUGCUCACGGAGCGGCGGUCAUGAAUUCUUUCAGCUUCGACCAGCAAAAGACGGACGUCGCUGCGCUGGUCGAGCGGAGUCUCUCAUACCUUGCCGAGGCCAGGCAGAGCCAAACAACCGCGGCUCCGGACCUUUGGCAAGUCACCUUCAUCGUAUCAGACGGGGUCUGUCAGGACCAUGCCAAACUGUCGACCCUCCUUCGCCGUGCGCUCGAGGACCGGGUUUUUAUCGUAUUCAUCAUAAUAGAUCAGCUCCAAGCACAGCCAAACGCACCGCCUGGGGCCGCCACCACGGGAGCGAGCAACAACACGCGACCCAGCAUCCUCUCCCUCCAAACGGUCGAAUACAAGAACGUGGGCGGGGAAAUGAAGCUGGAGAUGAGCCGCUACCUGGACACCUUCCCCUUCCAGUACUACGUGGUCCUCCGUGAUGUGGCGGCUCUUCCUGGGGUACUGUCGGACAUCUUGAGGCAGUGGGCGGUGCGGGUGGCGGAAUCGGCGGAGUAG